CUAUCAGCACCGGUAUUGCAUGCGCACACACAUUGAAUUGAUAGACGCCUGUUUCGUUGUUUUGGUUCUUCUGCGCAUUUCUCACACUGUUGCAGGAUAUCCGGUUCCCGACUCCGCUGGCUGCGCAUUCCGGUUUUCGAAUCCGCUUUGCUCAGUAAACUACCCUUCCAUCCUACACGUGAUUCCACAGACGACGGACGCGGUGAACGUUACCUUAACGUCACAUGACGCUGUGGAAAAGACGGAGUACAGCAUAAGACCGUAUACGUCUUUGCGUAUUACGCUGCCUUGUAAAACAUUUCAAUGGGGACGCGUUUAUGCUGCUGGAUUUUCAAUUUCUACGACUUCAGAAGUGAUCGUGUAUGUAGAUAACCAAGAUGACAAUAUGCACAUUUUCCCAAGUGACGUUGCCGGAACAUCGUACGUCGUGACGGCAUACUUAACAUCUCAUUUCUUAGAAACGUUCAUCGUUGUGCAUGGAACUAAUAGCACGGUGGAGGUCAUUCUACCUGACAAUUGUUCCUCGGUGAUAUUUAACGUUGACGGCAAAAACUUAACCGGAAAUACAAAAUUUACGUUAACGCUUAAUGAAAACAGUGUGAUUGGUGUGAUAGGGAAGUGUGAUAUAACAGGUGCUUCUGUCACCGCCGACCUUCCAGUGGCAGUGUUUGCUGGCUCUCUUGCCACCAAUGGCGCCUGGACAAUAGAGCAGACGCCGCCGACAUUUACGUUUGGCCGUCGAUUUCUGUAUGCAGCACACCACUGGGUUCAUCAAAACGUCACUUUAAUAAUUGCAGGUCUUAAUAUGUCAACGGAAGUUGUAUUUACUACAAAUACAGUGACAAAACGCGUGUCGACAGGAACCUCCUUCAUUCUCAAUAUAAAUAUAACUGCAGAUGUGUUUUUGUCUGUGGAAACCAAUUCUUCUGUAUCUUGUUUCAUUGUCCAAAAUAUUUUUGAUUCAUCGGGUGAUAAACAUACAUCGGUUAGAUAUUUAACACCAAUGCGGUUGUAUCAUGUUAGAAAAUAUUUCAUUAUGGACAAACCUGGUGAGUAUUCUGCAAAUAUGUUAGUUGAGCAAACUAGUAAAGGACUUCUUGUUAUUAACCAAACCAAAACAGAUCCUUUCAAAAAAGCUAUGACGUAUUACUGGAACCUGUUCAUUUAUCAAAACGUGGAAUUGCUAUUUCCUCACCAGAUAUAUUCUAAUGACUCAAAUAAAUUGCCUUUAAGUGGUAGUGUUUGCUUUCGAGAAAAUAGAUCCGCGUAUGAAUAUCAACUGAGCAUGCGCGUUAUCCCAAUUUACAGCGCAUGCAUACCACACAUUUAUGCACAUGGCGGGAACGGUGAUGGUAUUGACAAUGACUGUGAUUCCUUAAUAGACGAAGAACUUCUCAACAGUGUCGAUGACGACAACGACGGCCUUGUCGACGAAGACGUUCAGUAUUCGGGUACACUGUUUGUCCAUGCCCGAGAAACUCCUUAUGAGUACCACAUGAGAAACCGAGAAAAGGCAGCGGAAGGUAUCUCGUCUUCCGUCAUCAGCAUCGUCAUCACGUUUGUGGUGGCGAUUACCGCCGUCUUUUCCUGCAUUGGGGGAAUGUUUGUAAUCGAAAAAGUUCGAAGAUCAUCGAGAACAACCCGCAUUACACCUAUUUCUUAACACUGCAUUAACUGGUAUAUUGUUUAUGGUUUCACGUGUUUAUAUAAAAGUCUAUAUUAUAUUUUAUAUUAAAAUUAUUUUCAUGUA